AAACAUUUUCACCAUGGCAAACCAUGCUUCCACUAGCAAAAAUUAUAACAUGAAACUAAUCGAUACCCUUUAUAAUAAAAUACCAGCUUUUACUGAUCUCUUUGAUGAAGAAACAUGGUAUACAUUCGUUGCUUGUUUCAUAGCAGGCACUUUUCUAGUUGCUUUUAUACUUUCCAGAUUUAUUACAUUACAUCCAGUCGACUAAAUUCAUCAUAAUAUAAUGUUAUUUAUUCUAAUAUAAUGCUAAUUCUUAUUCAUGCUUUCAUAAAUAUGUAACAUAAAUAAACAAAUAUGUAGCACCAGAAUAUGUAUUUAUAAAGAUUGAAAAAUGUUUUCAUACUCUUUUGUCAUUUUGCUUCAAUUAUUCAAAGAUUAAAAUUAUGUUGAAGAAACAUUA